AGCAUGUGAAUCGUAAGCGCUCGCUCGCCUCAAUCACUCAACUUUGUGAAACCCAGUGUUUCCAUUAUUUUACGCUUGUUUUUCUCCGACGUUCUUGCAGGCUCACAACUGGUUGUAGGAAAGCAGAGCAUUUCGUGGUGGCGAUAAGCAAGGGAUCGCUGCAUUCUCGAAUUCAUUAGGAAACUGAGUUUCUACAGGACGGAUGUCAACGACUAAUCUGACAUUAUCGGUUCCAGAACCAAUCAAAAUUGAAAACUGUGAAUAUGAAAUUGAAAAAAUAGAGCGGGAGAAGAACAUGAAGAUGGAAACUGGAAACCUUGUGAGAGAACGUGAUUUGUUGAAGAAAGAGAUCAAUUUCCUGGAGAAAACUCAGAACUACACGGAGUUAGAGAAACGUAGUUUGGAGGAGAAGCUGGAAAGGAGACAUGAGGAGUUGGAUAAAAGGAUUCUCCAAAUGGAGGAGAAGAUUAAGAAAUUUAGACAGAAGAAGUUGAAUCUUAAUGAGAAGCUGGAUAGGAGUCGUAGAAAAUGUGAGGAAUUGCAGCACAGAAAUGUUGAGACUACUCAGGCUAAUGAUGAGUUGAGAGUGAAGAAAAUGGAGUCCGAUAAGGCUGCCCAACUUUACAGAAGUAGACUUGAUGAUUUAGAACUGAGGAUGUUGAAGGUGGAAGCAGCACAGGCCAAAACAUUGAAUGUGAAUCAUGCCAACUUUGUAGGUGCCAUGGACAAGUCUGCUGCGGAGGAUGAAAAUCUGAACAUGCCAGAUUCUGUUGAAAAUGGGAAGGUGAAGGCUGAGGCAGGAAAUGGGGAUGCCAUGCCACCUCAAGUUUGUGUGAUUUCUGAUGUUGAUUCUGGUCCAAGUGAAGGCAUUAGAUUGUCAAAGAAAGGUGGUAGAAACAUGGCUUAUUCUGGGAUAAAAGAGGAUGGGGCAAAUGUGGUUUUUCCUUAUCCUGGUUCAAGACCUGCUGAUAUAUCUGCUGUAGCUGAAAGUAAAGGUUCUGUCCAAGGUCAUGAAAGCAAAAGGUUUGAGGUUAGAGGUGCUAGUUAUCUGGGAUUCCGUUGUGAAUGUAAUCUUAAGAUAAUAGAUGUAAUUAAAACCAAUCUACAUAAGGAAAAUUUGGAAAUAUUUGAACAAAUGUGCUUCGGUAAUCUGCUGAAGAUCAAUGUACUCAAAUUUCAAGGACAGCUGCUAAAGCUGUUGUUGCUGAACAUGGACACGAUAGCCUCCAAAAAGGGGAAGCUUGUUUUCAAAAUUAACAACACUAACAUGGAAUUCGGACCUCGUGAGUUUGUUCUCAUCACAGGGCUCCGUUUUGGCAAAUUGGAAGCAACAAGAGCAUCUUCGUCUAUUCACAAGGAUGUUUUUCUGGGUAGGCCAAGGAUUGUGCUGAAGGAUGUUAAAGAAGCCUUACUUAAUGUUAGUCGUGAUCAUGAGGGCAGAGGAGAAUUAACGUUGAAGUUGGCCUUGAUCUAUUUCCUUUACGGAAUUUUGUUUGCUUUAGACUACAAGAAACAUAUUGACGUGCAGUAUCUUCAUUUAGUUGACGAUUUGCUGAAGUUUGACGCAUUUCCUUGGGGUCGGGUUGCAUAUGAUUUCCUUGUUUUGGUCAUACUGUCAGCCCAACCCUGCAUGGGUGGUCCCAAAGUGACAAUGCUCCGCAUGCAAGGCUUCAGCUUUGCUCUCCAGGUUUGGGCUUAUGAGGUGAUGCCUUCUUUAGCUAGAUAUUGUGCAGCUCGUGAAAAUAAGUUUGAGAACCUAACGACAUGGAUCUUGCAUUGGUCUGCAACAAAAAGAAUCCAUUUCAACGAUCUCAAAAUUUUCUUCGCACUUGGUGAUGAAGUGUUGCAAACUGCCCAGGCUUCUCCGGAGCAGCAAAAUAUAAAGGUGGAGCAGCAAGAGCCAUCAGCAUCGAGGGACAGUAUUCCUCAGGAAGAGAGACGAUCACUGGGUGAGGAUGUCCUGGGAUCGUCACUAAAAAAAUCUGGUCAUCCUAUUCCGGAUACUAACUAUGAUGACCUUCCCAGAAAUGAAUCUCCUGAGGUAGAAGACGAAGAGGCCGUGAAGAAGCCAACUCCAACUAGGCAUAAGACAUUUGAUCCUAAUACCGUCUCCACGAACAAGUUGCAGAGCUUGGCAGAAACUGAACGAACCAGAGCUCUCUUUGCUCUUGCAUUUGACAACCCUGCUCUAGAUAUGCCACAUCUAUUAUGGAAGACAUGUAGCGAGUUUGAAAUAUCUGAAGCUGAAUAUGAAAGAAGUAAAACGAUUUAUGAGAUGCUUCUGGAGCGAACAAAACGGUUGAAGUUGUGGAUCAGUUAUGCCCAGUUUGAGGCAUUUGCUAUGAUAAAGGUCGUUGACUUGGCUGAUAAGAGAAAAUGCGUUGAGCGAGCAAGAGAUGUGUUUGAAAGGGGGCUUAGCUAUUUCAGAAGAAAUGAAAGAGGAAAGGGCAACGCUUUUGGAAGAGUGGUUGGACAUGGAAAACAGGUUUGGUGACGUUGAAUUGGUUCGUGGUAAGCUGGCGCUGAAACUGAAGAAGAGAAGGCGCAUAGAAACCGAGGAUGGUAUGUUGACUACCUUUUCCCGGAAUCGAAGCACAAGACUGCUGAUUAGUUUAGCUGUUUAAUUUUGUGACAUGCCUACGUGUUGAGCUUCGACUUCUUUUCUAGUACUACUGUAUGGUAUCUUCAUCUCUGCACACUUUAUUUCAUAUCUCUUAUUACCACCACUCCCAACCCUGUUUCUCAUACUUCACAUUCACAUAUAUGAGAUGUCAUUCGUGUC